AUGAAGCUUCACCUUAUGACUCUGGCCCUUGCUGGAGCGGCAGCCACAAGCCCCUUGGGCCUCCAAGAACGCCAAUUUUCCAGUGGUAACGAACUUCGAGAUGGCUCUUGCAAGCCCAUUACCUUCAUUUUUGCCCGUGCUUCCACCGAGCCUGGCCUAUUGGGAAUUUCCACCGGACCUGCUGUCUGCAAUGACCUGAAAAUGGCCAAGGCUGGGCAGGUUGCCUGCCAGGGUGUUGGCCCGGCCUACACAGCUGACCUCAUAUCCAACGCCCUUCCUGGCAAUGCCUCUCCUGCUGCUAUUGCCGAAGCUGACGGUCUGUUCAAGCAGGCAGUUAGCAAGUGUCCCAACACACAGAUUGUUGCAGGCGGAUAUAGUCAAGGAACUGCAGUUAUGGACGACUCGAUCUCCAAGCUCCCCGACAACGUCAAGGAGAAAAUCAAGGGUGUUGUGCUUUUUGGAAACACCCGCAAUGCCCAGGAGCAUGGCCAGAUCGCGAACUUCCCCAAGGAAAAGGUUAAGAUCUACUGUGCUAUGGGAGAUAUGGUCUGCGAUGGUACACUGAUCGUCGGCCCCGCCCAUUUCACGUACGUCGCAAACACUGGCGAUGCCAGCCAGUUCUUGCUCUCCAAGCUUUCUUCUUAA